UAUUAGGCUGCAGCAGCAUCACGGAGGCAGACAUCAUCUCCUCUCCUCCCGUCUCCUCGUCGUCCGCCAUCCAAUUCCAAAGCACACAUUUUGUGUACCUCUCUCCCCGGCGAGGCGGCUAAUGGAGGAAGUCUCGCUUCUUGCCUCUCAACAACUGAAGGACAAAUGCCGCUUUUCACCAACCUUCAUCGUCGUGUCAACACGUCUUGGAAACCUCCUCUCGGGAAGUUAUUUGGAUAAAAAAAAAAAAAGACAAAAAGCUCCCAAAGUGGUCGUCGACGCUUCCAGUCAAGGAUUUAUUCCUUUUAGAGCUGGCUGGACUCUGACCUGGACUGCAGACCAGUAAGGUGGCCUCACGUCAGGACUUCUGAGAAAUGACCUCCCAAUGAGUCAACUUCUAGGUCUGGGGGCCUACUAGUUGGUGGGGCCUCCUUGCCAUCAUGAAAGGACUGGGGACCAGCCAUGGCCGACACUUGUCUGACUCCUGUGACCCUUCUUCUGGCCAUGUCGAGGCCCUGUACCACCAGAAGACCAGCACCAUGCCGCGCAGUCCUUACCUGCUGAACCCUACAAUGGACCACUAUGGGACUGUGGACCCCCAUCUUUACCCUUCAGCCAACCCAGGCUCGCUUCCAGCAGAAUGCCUGCUGCCCCUUAACAACCAGCUGUCCAACAGCAGCACCUUCCCCAGGAUUCACUACAACUCCUACGAUCCAUCGGACUUCGCUCCACCUGCCGAGAGCAUGGGCGGAAUUGGAACUGGUACUUUAGGCGCGUCCAUGUCAAUGGGCAUGGGGGCAGGGAUGGGCAUGGCGGAGCUGAGUAGACGUGCUAUGAUCACCAGUGGUUCAGCGACUAUAUCGCAUCACAUGACCAAGAACCAAACACCGGCCAGUAUGCUGGAAUUUGAGAAGCAGCUGCCCGGAGGACGGGACGGCUUUAGUACGUUACAGUUCCACCGGACGUCCGCUCUAGCAGCCGCCAAGCAGCGUACGGACAGUCCCGGUCGAAUUCGCUACAUGCUGCACUCUGUGCAGAAGCUCUUUGCCAAGUCCCAGUCCCUGGAGAGCCACCACAUGAAAGGAAACAUCAACGGGCGCUCCACGGGCAGUGGCGGGGGCUCGUCCAGCACUGAGGAUGGAGGGAAGCACAACCGCAGGUCCAAAAGUAAAGACCGUGGAACUAAACCAGAAGCAACCGCCAAACGACGUCCGCGCUCCAACAUGUCGGGGUACUGGAGCUCCGACGACUUGGACAGCAGUGACAUGAGUAGCUUCCACAACACCAUGGCCAUGAUGACUAUUGGACGACCCACUGGCCACCAGAACCAGAGCAGAUACAUUCCCAGCGGCUACAACACCAUCAGCUCGUCCAAGAGCAGCAGCGACAUGAAGUAUUCCGCACCCAGGGGUGACCUUGGAGGAUCUCAUGUGGUUCUGAACGACAACGACUUCAUGAAAGGAGGCUCCUGGUCUGCACUGACUAUGGGCCAACCCAGACCACUGAUCCAGAAGGGCUCAGCAACUUUAGACCGGUCCUUGCUCAAAUCCAGGUCAUGCCAGCAGCAGCUGGCCUGCAACUACCUGCAGGUUGGACGAAGGGGAGACUGGAGCAGCUCUUUAGGCGGCAGCAAUGAAAUCCCCUGCAGGAGAAUGCGCAGCGGGAGUUACGUGAAAGCCAUGGCAGACAUGGAGGACAGCGACGACUCGGAGGGGAGUCCCAAACCUUCGCCAAAGACUGCCGCUCGCCGCCAGAGCUACCUCAGGGCCACUCAGCAUUCUCUCAGCGAGCAGCUGCCCCCGCGCAACAGAACCCUGGAUGGUACCUCGGUGCAGGACAUGUGGUCUCCCCUCCACAGCGUGUCCUCCCUCCAACAAGUGGGCAGGUCAAUGAGCAGCUGUCUUCCAUCCCUCCGAGAGCUGGCCAAUAACCGCAGUCUGGACAACCUGGACUGCAUCGGGGGUCCGGGCUCCUCCUUGCCCCACUGGGAUGAUGACGACUUCAGCACUUUGGGCAGACGCAGUUGCGUGGGUCGAGACCUGGACAUGAGUCAUCACUAUGAGGACCGGAGCUCCGACUCCACAUACCGUUCCCUUUCUCAGGACCACCCGGACUUGCCCAUGCCCACCUGCUUCCGCUCCCGGAGCCAUAGCUACCUGAGAGCCAUCCAGGCGGGCUGCUCUCAAGACGACGACGUGACUUCCAUAGACUCUGGCUCGCUCCCGCCGACCGACGCCACCGUUUGCACCUACAGCACCAGCACUGACGGCCUUUCGACACAGUGGAAGACUUGGAAAGAACAGUUUGGCUCUUACCUGAUAGCCAAUGGCUUGGACAAAGCCCCAAAGGAGAAACAGCUUGCGAUAUUUCUUCAGCGUUUGGGAACAGACAGACCACGCAUCAUACCCGCACAGACAGCCUCAUGCAUCACCACCUGUAAGAAGGCCGCGCCUCCGCCAGUGCCGCCACGCACCACCUCCAAACCCUACAUCUCCGUAACCGUGCAGAGCAGCACAGAGUCGGCACAGGACAAUUACCUGGAGCAAAGGUCGGAGGUCAACAGCCAGUCCAGCCACGCACACAGCAACUCCUCGGACAGCCUGGACAGCACCCGCGCCAACAGCCUGGCGCGAGGAAUCCCUCGCCCUCCGCACAUCAUCCCCACUCCCAUCGCCAUCCCCAGAGAGCCGCUGGCCCCCACCACCGCCAACGCUUCCACCAAAACCAGCGACUCCGUGGUCCAGCAUGAAUCUGUGAGGUCGAGUAACUCGGACACGGAAGAAGCGCUUGUCGUCCCAGUGCCCAGACGGAAACUCUCGUCUAUUGGCAUCCAGGUGGACUGUAUACAAGAAGUUCCACGAGAAGAGACCCCACCACUGGCCAAGUUUCAGUCCAUUGGAGUACAGGUGGAGGACGGGUGGCAGCCCAGUCAUCCAAGUAGCAUGGCCUCCAAACAAGUCACAGACUCCUAUUCACAGGACACCCCUGUCCAAGCCCACGUUAGUCAGGCCAAACCCCCUGAGAAGAAAGUCAUGGUUAGUAGUGCCAGCCAGUCGCUGAGCUCUCCCCCCGGGCAGGACUCUUUGGACAACGGCGACAUCUCCGGUGAAGCUUCCUCGCCUCCACCUCCCAGGCAGAUUCUCAACCGCUCCACCACACGAAGUAGCUCUUCCUCUUUCUCAGAAAGUCUCGACCCGGCGCUGGACCCUUCGUCACUCCCGCCCCCAGAACCGUGGCUGGAGAGCAGCAGCAGCAAUGUCCCCCAAAGUGUCAGUGGAGGGGGCACGUUAUGUCGGAGAGAUGGCCACUGGUUCCUGAAGCUCCUGCAGGCAGAAACGGGACGCAUGGAAGGAUGGUGCCAGCAGAUGGACCAGGAGACCCAGGACAACCAGCUCUCAGAGGAGGUACUGGGCAAGGUCCGCAGUGCAGUCGGAAGUGCCCAGCUCUUAAUUUCCCAGAAGUUCCAGCAGUUCCGGGGGCUUUGUGAACAAAACUUGAAUGUGAACGCCAGUCCGCGGCCCACACCUCAGGACCUGGCGGGUUUCUGGGACCUGCUGCAGCUCUCCAUCGAGGACAUCAGCCUCAAGUUUGAUGAGCUCUACCAUCUCAAGUCCAAUGACUGGCACCCUGUGCCGUCUGCGGCCGCCCACUCACCCCCUGAGCGGAAGGACCAAGACAAAACCCCUCCUCCGGCGUCAAAGACGGCCGCUAAAGGACGACCCUCGCUGGGCCGCGAGAAGAGCGCAGACUCCUCGUCUUCGCUUUCGGCGGAGAAGCAGAGACAAGAGGCCCGCAAGCGUCUGCUGGCCGCCAAGAAGGCGGCUUCUUUCCGCCAGAACUCCGCCACCGAAAGCGCGGACAGCGUGGAGAUCUACGUCCCAGAAGCACAGACUCGCCUCUGAGAGUGGAAUGUAAGGUCAGACCGUAGGGUGGAGAAGUAGGGCUGAGAGUUACCUGCCAACGGGAGAGGAAGACGUUUGCAAUGCAAAUGACAAAGUGGGGAUCUGGGAUAGAGUUGGGGGAGGAGAAGCCAAAUUCCCCUUGACUGGAGCGGGGGUGGAUUUUUAACUUAGGAGCACAGUUUGUAGGCUGCUCUUGAAGGCAUCAUAUAUAUCACACUAACAUUCACUCUUUACAUACAGUAUUAUGAAAAUGAAUAUUUAUCAUAGAACUGCAUUCCUAUCACAUUCAAACAUGUAUUACAUAUUGGCUCUGGGAUCUAUUUAGUUCACUCUUCCUUAAAGGGAAACUGCUCUUUUUUGGGGGAAUUUUGCUUAUCAUUCAUAAUCCUUAUUGUGUAAGCCAAGCACACAUGUUUUUCUUUUUCAAAAUGCAUUCUAAACAGUAAAAAAGUCAGCUAACAAUGGCGCCUACAGGAGUGGCUCCACUCUGCCGAUAAAACGCUUAAAAAAACAUCCAAACAUCUCCAAAUAUUUGUGUAAUGUACUCACAGGCACAUUCAUUCAUCAUAACAUGUAAUAUUUAUGUACAGUACAGGCCAAAAGUUUGGACACACCUUCUCAUUCAAUACGUUUUCUUUCUAUUUACUUUGUAGAUUGUCACUGAAGGCAUCAAAACUUUGACACCUGUGAAAUGAAAACCAUUUCAGGUGACUACCUCUUGAAGCUCAUGGAGAGAAUGCCAAGCGUGUGCGAAAAAGUAAUCAAAGCAAAGGGUGGCUAUUUUGAAGAAAAUAGAAUAUAAAAUAAGUUGUCAGUUAUUUUACCUCUUUUUGUUAAGUACAUAACUCCACAUGUGUUCAUUCAUAGUUUUGAUGUGACAAACUACAAUGUAAAUAGUUAUGAAAAUAAAGAAAACCCAUUGAAUGAGAAGGUGUGUCUAAACUUUUGGCCUGUAUUGUAUUUUGACCAUUAAUUUCAUAAACAUAUCACGACAUUGGCUUUUUCCUUCAGCAUCACUGACUACUACUUAUGCAGAGCCAACACACAUAAUAAAACACCACUUACUGUACAAUGUCUGCUGUCACUGAGAUGCCGACUAAUAGGAUGUUGAUAUAUUCCCAUUUAGAUGAAGAAUUAGUCAUAUUCCUCAUGUUUUUUUCGCCCUUGCCGGGUUUAAAGUUGACCAACUUGUCAGAUUAUGUUCUCAUCCUUCUACUAUCCAGGUGAGAAGCAUUUUUUAUGAUCGUGAAUAAACUCUCACGAGCUCUGA